AUGACAAUCUCAUCUAAAUCUAAAAGUCUAUUAUUUCCUAUUAGAUCCAUUAGCUUGCCUACAAGAUUACAUCCUAAUGGCCUAAAAAUUGAAGAUGAAUUAAACAGGCUGAAAAACUCUGAAACGUCGUCGCAUAGUGAAGAAACAAUUCAGGCUGGUAUUGUUGGGCUUGUAGAAUUAUACAAUUCCUUUCAGGAACUAAUCCAGUGUCCAAACACACAAAAAACUCUUGUCCAACAUCAAAAUGGGGCUUUUGUAGAAGAGGCAUUAGAGGGAUCACUUGAGUUACUUGACUCAUGUGCUACAAUUAGAAACUUAUUUUGUACUAUUAAGGAACAAGUGCAACAUCUACAGUCAGCCUUACGACGAAAAGGCGGAGAUUCAAGCAUUGAAAGGGACAUUGGAAAUUAUUAUAUCCUCAGGAAGAAAAUGAAAAAGGAGAUCGGAAAAAACUUGAGGAAAUUGAAACAUAUGGAGAACAGAGUUGGAUCAUCUCUGUUUUUGGACAUUGAGCAACACUUAAGACAAGUAACAGGAAUAACUAUAUCAGUUUUUAAAGCCCUCUUGGUAUUUUUGUCCUGCCAAGAUACAAAAAUUAAGCCUAGAGGAUGGUCAAUGAUUUCGAAAUUGAUGAUCACAAAAUCAGCGUCUUGUCAAAGUAGCCAAUUUUUUAAUGACCUGGGGAAUGUUGAUGUAGCUCUUGGCGAUCUUCGCGAAGAGAUCAAGAGCAGUGAUGCUAAAGUUGAUGUCAAUAUUGCACAAAGGAGAUUACAGAUGCUUGAUGACAACAUAAAGGGAUUUGAAGCUGGAUUAGAAAGUUUGUAUAAGCAAUUGAUCCAAACUAGAGUUUCAUUUCUUAAUGUUUUAGCACUUUAA